CGCGCCUCGCGCGGGCCGAGGCGCUGACGUCGCCCGCGCCAUCUUGGCCCCGGGCAGGCAGUCUUCGGCGACUGCUGCCCCUUCCCGCACAGGGGCCGCCAUCUUCGGUGAGGAUUGGCCUGGGCCAAAAGAACUCAAGAUCCUCGAAUUGCAGUAGGUUCCUAGUCCCCACUAGAAAAGAAGAUUAAGUCUAAGGCCAAGGCUUCAACUAGGAGGGACCCUGAGGAGGGGAGAGGCGGGUGAAGAGCAGGACCGGACGCAGCGAAGAGACCGAGUGAGCAUGGUGUGGGAGUGCCAGGCCGGGCUGGCUGCCACUUGAGAUCCGUGCCAUGGACUAUGACAGAGAGCAGCCGACUUAAACAGUUCCGAUACGUCCCUCUGACCAGCGGUUGGGUGGCGUCCAUUCUGUAGACGUGAGGAAACAGUCCAGUUUCAGCAGGAGAGAAAAACACUUCAUAAACAUAAACUGUCUUUGACUUGUGGUUUGCCAAAGUGGAGGAGCACUACUGUCAACAACAUCAAGAAAUGCUGGAAGAUGCUUGGGAAUACAUUAUGGUUCCAAAAGAGGACUUGGACACAAAGGGAGAGGAAAACAGAAUACAAACUGAAAAAUCAGAUGGUGCUAAAAGAUGGGACUAUCUAGUGUCUGAGAAGGAGCUGGACCAGAUAAAGAAACACAUCCACCGGGCAGAGCGAGCUAGAGGCCUCCGAGACCACAAGUAUCAGCUGCUUCCUCAGAAGAGCCCACGUGAGAUACUUACCCCCAGAACAUUCACCCUGGAGGAUGAACAGACGGAAAACAUCCAGAGAAGACCCAAAGCUAAAACCAGACAGCACCAGGUGGCCUGGGUGCAAGAGCAGAUGCAGAGACAUCGAGAUCGCAUGAUUCGAGGGCGAGAAUUUACGGAGCAAAGAAGUAAAAAACGAGAGGCUCAGAAACUGGGCGCCCAGGCUCCUCCUUCCCUAAAGCCUCAGGUGAGGAAAGAGGAAGUGAAGGAGUUUAAGCGGGUCACAGCCUACCCCCUCAUCCAGCCUCCCUUGGAAGUGACCAUCCUGAUGCAGAAGUCCGGAGGAGAGAGCAGCAGUAAAAAACCACUUCGAAGACAGCUCUUGAGGAUACCACCAUUUCUGAGGAGUCAACUAGAAAAUAAAAUCAAAGCUUUCUAGACAACUGUAUUUCUUUUUUAGGCAGCAUACGUGCACAGUUUUAGUGCAGUAAAACCCCAUAUCCUA